AUCCCAAAUCAAUAAUUAAUUAUCAUUCAUAUUCAUAACCCCCCCCCCCCCCUCUUCCUUCUCUCUCAUCAUUUCCUCCAAAUCCUGCUCCUCACCACCACAAGGAAGUGUCAUCAUAACAUAAUUCAAUCGGCUUAUUUGAUGAUUUAUUCAACGAUGAAGAAAUUAACAGAGAGAGCAUCUGUUGUUGUUGUUGUUAUGAGAAUUAUUAUUAUUAUUAUUUUAGUUAUGGUAGGUGGAUCAGAAGGAGCUCCUAGAAACCAGAUCAUCAAUCUAUCAUGUAUUAAUCAGACAGAACACAACCCGACGCUGUUCGUCGCGAACUUUAUCCGAACAACGGAAGAAUUAGGCAACAAAGUUCAGUCUUCACACUUUGCAACAGCAACUACAGGCUCAGCACCUGAUGCUACUUACGGACUUUUUCAAUGCUACGGUGAUCUUUCGACUAGCGACUGCAUCAUAUGCUAUGACUCGGCGCAUUUUGUUGUUUCCCGUUGCUUUCCGAAUACUGGCGGUAUUGUUUAUCAAGACGGUUGUUUUAUGAGAUUCCAGAACUACAGCUUCUAUGAAGAAUACACGGGAACUGGUGACACGUUUAUUUGUGGGAAUACCACAAGAAAGAGUAGUGUGUUUCAAGAUUCGGUAACGCAGGCUGUGUCGAAUGCGGUGAGGGAUGCGUUGACAGAUGGUGGUUAUUUUGCAAGGAAAGAAGUGAUAAGGCCUGGGACAGUUAACGAGUCGGUAUACGUGUUGGCGAAUUGCUGGAGGACAUUGACUGCAAAUUCUUGUAGAAGUUGUUUAGAGGCUGCUUCUGAAUCGUUAUCGCGAUGCUUGCCGUGGUCUGAAGGGCGUGCGUUGAUGGCUGGAUGUUUUAUGAGGUAUUCGGAUACGGAUUUUUUCAAUCCUGUGCCAGUCAGAUCACAAAACAGAGGGAAGAUGAUAGCUGUUGUUGCAGCUGUUGUUAGCGCCGUUGUGAUUUUUGUCGUUGCAUUGUUGAUUGCUUUGUAUAUACAAAGACGGAGAUGGUUACAACAGAAAAGAACAGAUUCAUAUGAUGCUAAGAAAAUGGCAAAGAUUCUUAAUGACAGUAGCUUGAACUUCAAAUACUCCGCUAUUGAGAAAGCUACAGGCUCUUGGGCUGAAUCCAAUAAGCUCGGUGCAGGAGGGUUUGGGACUGUCUACAAGGGAGUUCUUCCAGAUGGAAGAGAGAUUGCCGUCAAGAGGCUUUUUUUUAAUAACAAAUUCAGAGCAGCAGAUUUUUAUAAUGAAGUUAAUAUAAUCAACAGUGUUGAACAUAAAAAUUUGGUCAGGCUGUUAGGAUGCAGCUGUUCAGGGCCCGAAAGUUUUCUUGUAUAUGAGUACUUAGCGAACAUGAGCCUCGAUCGCUUCAUCUUUGAUGCAACGAAAGGUAAGGAAUUAAACUGGGAAAAGAGAUUUGUGAUCAUCAUUGGCACAACCGAAGGUCUUGUCUAUCUACACGAGAACACCAAGACUCGAAUUAUUCACAGGGAUAUUAAAGCUGCUAAUAUCUUGUUGGACUCGAGGCUUCGUGCGAAAAUAGCCGAUUUUGGUUUGGCUAGAUCUUUUCAAGGAGAUAUGAGCCACAUCAGCACUGCCGUUGCAGGAACACUUGGAUACAUGGCUCCAGAGUAUUUAGCCUAUGGUCAACUAACCGAAAAGGCGGAUGUGUACAGCUAUGGUGUACUGUUGCUGGAGAUAGUUACGGGAAUACAAAUUAAUGGAAGUAAAAACACAGAAUACACAGAGAGCCUAGUAGCAAUUGCAUGGAGACAUUUUCAACGAGGUACAGUGGAAGAAAUCCUUGAUCCGAACUUAAUGUUUCACACAUAUCCCAACCUUAAUUUCCAAAAAGAAGCCAUCAAAGUGGUACAUAUAGCCCUGUUGUGCACCCAAGAAGCCCCGGCUUUAAGACCAUCAAUAUCAAUGGCACUAAAAAUGCUGGUAAAAGAUGACGAGCCGUUGCCACCGCCCUCUAAUCCCCCGUUUAUUGCCGAUGAUGAAAUCAACGAGUUAGAAGAAAAAAUACGACGAUAUGAUAAUGAUGAUGAUGUAAGUUCAGUUGCUACUGUUUCCCAUAGUCAGUUCUCGCCGAGGUAACACACCAACGAUAAGUUUUUUCGUCAUCAAAUACCAACAGAUUUUCACUUAUGUACUCGUUUUAUGCAUUGCGCUUCUUUUUAUAUAUUUGAGUUGUUAAAAAUGGGUUUUCCUUAUCCCAUUGGGUCAUCGGUACAAAACCUUUUGCACCCGAACUGUAAAAGAGUCUCACAAUGACCCAAAUUACAUAAGAAAAACCGUCUUUUAAUUACUCAAAUGUAUUAGAAAGGUACAAUACUAAAAUGAGACAAAAGUGAAAGUUCGUUCUUAUUUUGUGCGUAAAAACUAAAAAUCCUUGAAGUUUAGGAGUUUCCGGAUUGCUUGAACGCAUCUCAUCUAGAGUUAGUUCAAGGUAUUAGGAAUACCGAAAGUGAGAGUAGCGAGUCGAAGGUAAUAUAUGUAUAAAGAGGAUAAAAAAUGAGUUUUAGCUUACAUGGAGUACAGGAAAUGGGAUCAAAAUGAGGAUGGUUUACAUGUGAAAAAGAGGUUCAGCAAAUAGAAAGGGAGUGAGUUUAUGAGUUAUAACUUUGUAUACAAAUUUUGGUCCUUGAAAAUUCUCCAUACAUGUAUGCAAGUGUAUUUAUAAUUGCUUA